UUCAAGUUGCUGUGAAACUCAACAACACAGAACAUAUUCUCAUUUGGGAAAUAGAAGCUGGAACUUAUUGAGUUUUAGGUUGUGAUAAGUAAGCUUGCUCCAUUUUCAUUUGCAGGCUCCCUUUUCUCCUUAGGAUAAUGUUACCAUUGGCUGUAAACCAUUGCCUGAUGUUUGCCGUGGAGCUAAUGCUUCUGUUGUACAGCACAGGCACAAAUGGAGACAGUAAACCCAAUAAUACCCUUUUUAUCAGUCCCAAAACACUAGCUGAUUCAUAUUUUCCAUCAAAAACUAUCUACCAAGAGGACAAUGGAACUAAACUCUGUUUCAACAUCCAACCAAAUAAUACACGUGCAGAGUGUUGUAACGACACGGAUUUCAACUGCAAUAUUGAAGUAAAAAUAGAUAGUCAAGGUAAAUACAGGCUAAAUUUAACUGAAGAGAUUUUAUCCAAGCAAGAUAUUGUGGUGAUGAAGGAUCCAGAGCAUAAUUAUUCAUGUAUGCCAUCCCAGCUCUACAACAAAAGCAGCCCUGGUUUUUUUUGUAGCAUCAACCGCUGCUUGAGUGAAAGUAUGAAGAAUAUGAGUAUGAAUAUGAAACUGAGCAAAGGGAGCUUUCGUGAAAACCUCACAGAAUAUGUCGUGAGUGAUAAUGACACAUGGACUGUGUCAUGCAACCCAUCCACAACAACCACCAGCAUCAAUUCUUCCAGCGAAUCUUCCACAACAACCACCAGCAUCAAUUCUUCCAGCGAAUCUUCCACAACAACCACCAGCAUCAAUUCUUCCAGCCAAUCUUCCACAACAACCCCCAGCAAUGACAAUGACACUAUUGACAUUUCCAUCAACCAUACCAUUCCUAACCCAGUAGACGUCAUGAAAAAUCUAUCCUUUGUCCUUGAAAUGAUGGGUAAUUUUGGCACAGCAACAAUCAAGAUGGGCAACAUCACAGGAGUGAUUGCCAAACUCUCCCAGAAAAAUCAAGCCAACAUGAACUUUGCCUUCACAGAAAACGCUGGCGUGAAGAUUGUUAAAGGAGAAAACAGCAAUUUUACAGGCCCAUUUCAUUUAAUGAAAAUUCCUAAAGAGGCCAGUAAACUGGCGGUGGAGGGAAAUGGAUCAUUUCUUGGAAUUCUGUUGUUUCCACAGCAGCAUGCGGAUGACAGCAGUAAAUACUAUUUAAACAGUGAGAUAGUGGGAAUAGAAAUGGGGGCAAAAAUACAAAACCUUUCACAACCCAUCGAGAUUCAGUACAGUAAUGUGGACAAGAAAGGAGCGAAUGCUUCUUGCAUGUCUUGGGAUGGAAACAGCACAGAUGCAAACGGGAAAUCACUCUGGAUCACAGAUGGCUGUCAAACAGUGGAGACCAAUAACAGCAUCACCUGCCAGUGCACACAUCUAACCUUUUUUGCCAUACUCAUGUCACCUCCACCUGCAAACAUUAGCACUUCUGAUGUUAAUACUCUGACCUACAUCACUUCAAUCGGUUGUGGACUGUCGCUGUUUUUCUUGAUCGUCGGUCUCUUCAUGCACGUUCUCGUCAGAAAGGGGAAAGCAAGCGAAGCAACAAAGAUUCUGAUGAACCUCUUUGUCGCCAUGUUGAUCCUGAACUUGUCCUUCUUGACCAAUGAGAGCAUUUCAAAUCUGGGUAUCGAAGGUGCAUGUGUGGCAAUAGCAGCAGUUCUGCACUACGGGAUGUUGGCCACUUUUACCUGGUUCUUCAUGCAGGCUUUACACUUGUACCUCAGUCUACGUCGAAUCUGCACUGAAGUGAAACAUUACAUGCUGAAGAUUUGCAUCACAGGAUGGGUCAUACCGGCUGUGGUGGUGAUCGCUCUUCUUGCCUCCCAGAAAUAUAAUUCUAUUAAUAUUAAUACAAAUGAGGGGAAAGCAGCAACAAUGUGCUGGAUCUCUGAUGCUGGUAUCCACCAGGGGGUCAACAUUGGUUAUUAUGCUGUAGUGUUCGUCUUCACUCUGAGUGUAUUCAUUCUAACUGUAAGGCAAAUUGUUCUAAUGCCAAAAGCAGGAAAGGCCCAAGACAAUAUUUCCAUUAAGAGCAACACUUCCACCAUUCUGAGCCUGUUCCUCCUUCUUGGCAUCACCUGGGCUUUUGCUUUCUUCAGCUACGGACCUUUGCUCAUCGCUUCCUACUACAUCUUUACCAUCCUCAACUCCUUUCAAGGUUUCUUCCUGUUCAUCUACUAUUAUAAAUCCAGCAAGAUUAUUGGAGACAGCAAAAUCCACACACAAAGUAGCAGCACAGCUACAUCAAACACAGCUGUAACGUCUCCUUAUGCAUAAGGCUUGCUGUUUUACCAUAUUUUGACACAAGAGGGCAGCAUUUUAUUUCAUAUAGUUCCAGCAGGUUGCUCUGUGUAGAAACAACUUGGUCAUUCUUCCCAUGUGCUCUCCGCUGAAUGGCUUUUCUGACAUGAAAGCACUAACCCAGAUUACCUUCUUUGAUGCAAAUACUGUGGACUAGAGCUCGAGUCAGUACUCUGGAAGUCAUUUCAGAGCACGACUCUAUGUUUGUUCCCAUGCUUUUAUAUUUUAACAGACAAACUUGUCUUACUCACGCCAAAUAAUUCAUAGAAGGCUGUGAUUCAGUCAGAAUACGCAACCACAAUUGUAAACAUGUCAGGAUGUUAAGGUGUAAAAUGUUAAAGUGGGAAAGUGAAACAUGUCAAAGACAUAAGGACAUUUUCACUUUGAUGGCAGUAACACCUCUCAAAAAGUUGGGACAGGGACAUGUUGACAACUGUGUAGCACCCGUCUUCCUUUAAACAGAAAUCCAUAAACAUCUGCUGGGAUGAGCUGCUGGACGUUUGGUAGAAGAACAUUCCAUCUUGUUGGAUAUAGGAUCCUAGCUGGGUUGUCUUCCGAGUUAUUAUCAUGAUGCAUCAAACGUUUUUAUUUGGUGAUAUAUGGUUGGCCAUUUCAGCACCUGACUCUUCCACUAUUAAGCCAAGCUGCUGUAAUGAAUGCACUGUGCAGUUCAGCAUUCUCUUGUUGAAAAAUCCAAGCAACUCCUUGAACAAGACUUUAUCUGCAUGGGAAAAUAUGUUGAUCCAAAACCUGUAUAUACCUCUGAGCAAUGAUGGUGACUUUCCAGAUGCCCAGGCUUCCAAUUCCACAGCCCAAUACCAUCAGAGAUGUAGAGUCAUUGAAUUUUGGUAAGCUGGAUUUUCCUUCUCUUCCAUCCUCAUCCAUUUUUUCCAAGCAGAAUCUUAAAAUUUUGAAUUGUCUGACCAAAUAACAGUUUCCCCUUUGGCUGUGUUCAUUUUAAACGGGCUUUGGUCCAUAGAAGACAGCAACUUUUCUAGAUAAUUCUCACAUAUGGCUUCUUCUUUGCAUGAUAAAGCAUUAACCUCCAUUUUUGGAUGGCACUGUGAACUGUGUGAACACAAUGACAGAUUGGUGAACCUCUGCCUAUCUUUAAUAUCCAGUCCCGUUAUUGAACUGUUGCUAGUUAACCUAACUAUUUAAAAAAUGUUCCCCCAGCUGUUUCUUUUCAGUACUACUUACUUUUCUAGCCUUUUCUCGCCUCCAACUUCUUUUGAGCGAUGUUGCUGCCAUCAAAUUCAAAACGAGUGUUAUUUUUCAUGAAACAGUAGAAAGUCUGAAUUUAAACAUUUAAAAAUAUGUAUAUAUUAUCCAUUGAAAUUUGCUUCAUGCUUCUCCGAUAGCAAAAACAAUCCUGACACUGUAACUGUCACAUUAAAUGGUUCUAUGACAAAUCUGUCAUUUGUUUAGUUUGUUGCUAAAAAGCAGAUUUUUCAUGUUUACCAGUAAACUUAAAAAUGUUUUCUGUGGUCUAUUGUAAAUAAAAUAUGGGUUUUGUAAAUCAUUGACUAAGGUUGUAUUACAGACCUCUUGAAUCAGUCAUAGAGUGGAAUGCAGAGUUUAAACGUUUAAGAAAUUAAACAUUUAUUUUUUUUGACUGAUGUGCUUCUCAAUGUGAUUAAAAAUAGCAGAAUCAAGGUGAAAGGCUUGUCUCACAUAUCCUACACAGUGUCGGGGCUGAACUCGCCAGUUAGUGUGUUGCGUGCCUUCAGAUAAUUACUCUGAGUCCAGAGAGACCAGUAUCCACUGUGCGGGAAGCUUAACUGGCAAACAAGAAAUGAGCUCAUGACUACCUAUAGUGAUAAGCUCCCUGAGGGUAUUUGAAUGUUGAAACUAUUCUCUAAAGUUUACUGUAUUUCACUAGCAUAUAUAUAAGUGCAGUGUAUCUUGGCAAACUGUUUUGUUUGUUUAGUGGUUUUUGGGAAUUGUGGAUUUCGUUAGUACUUAUUUUUAUUAUACUACCUUAAAAAAGAUCAUAUUAUUUUUUCAUUUAGAGGGAACCUGAUUUGCUUUUCUCAGUUUUAUUAAAGUAGCCUUAAAGUCAAAUCUUUGCAUGUACUCUAUAUCAUAUGAAGUUUGUCAAGCUUUUAUUUGACAAAAUAAAUGAUUUGACUAAAAUGUCGUAAUAACUUGUAUUUUAUCAGGACAAAAUAUGAUUUUCAUACAUAGAAGCAAAUUGUCUUGUGAAAGAAACUGUUGUAUGUACACAACAUAGUCUUGAAAUAAAAGUCUGAGCUGUUUAAAUGAAUAAUAAAGUUUUUCCUUAUUCAGAACUUGAGCCUCGAUGAGUGACAUUGAGAAAGGAAGGACUGUUUAUUUAUCUACGACUGAUUAAUCUCCUAAAUGACCACAGCGUGCCAGACAAAAACUGGGGUAAUUACUGCCAUGCAUGUCUGAUUUGUGUUGCUCCAAAAGAAGGGCUUUUAUGCAAAGCACAGCAGGCUUCUGUGGUAUACCUGUGUGUGUCCUUAUGUUAGAACAUGCAAAAUUAAAAAGCAGAGGCUAAGAUGCAGGAUCACAACUCAUAGCUCUGUGGUAAGCAGUUGUGAACAUUAAUCUCAAUAGUAAAAGAUUUGAUAGGCCAGAAUGUGAG